CGGACUUGACUUGAACCGAUAAGCUAAUAGUGUGCCGCUAUAUAAAUCGUUGUGAACUAAAAUAAAAUCAUUAUCAAUUGGUGAAGUGUUGUAUAAAAGUGAUGUAGAGCAAACUGCCAAAAAAACAAACUGAUCUGUGGAUUGAAACAAAAUUAAAAAUAUGGAAGCCACUUCAAUACUUCAACUGAACGAUCGCUGUUUGUUCGAGAUAUUUCAGCAGAUCAAAAACAACUGCGAGCUUAAAGAUCCCCUAAAAUAUUGGGAUCUCGUAAAUUUCGUUAUCAGCUGCGACCGAUUCGCAGAAGCAUUUAAGCAGUGGAAUUCAGAUCUUUUCAUCGCACUUAAUAUAGAGUGUUUCCGUUCCUUUUUAAGAAGCCAAUCCUGGUUAAAUAAUUCUUUAUUUAACUAUAUGCCUAUGCUUUUUUGCCAAUCUAUUAUUAAAAUCAAUUUGAACGAGCAAUAUGACGCAUUGCAAAACGUCUCCGCAGAGUACAAACAAACAUAUUGGGAUAUAUACAUUAAUGAGGUCAAGGAAAACAAAAGACUAUGUGUACUUGAGAUAGUUUUUGAACCAAACCGACACUACCCCGAACAUUUGGACAGGUUCGAGGCCCUGAUGAAUGCCAUUAGUCACAAGAACUCACUUAAACACCUUGAUAUUAAUGUUUCCGGCAAUAGGGUCCACCAUAUUCCACAGCUCGGUCAAUUGGAAUUCCUCUCAUUAAAUGCGGAAAUGGACGUCGAAGACUUAGUAGAACUUUGCAAAUCAAAUUCAAAUUUAUGCGAACUUCAUUUUCAUAGUACCGAGUUAAACGGAAGGUUUGCGGAUAUUUCGCCAUACUGUAACAAAUUGAAAAAACUUAUCCUAAAGAUGAAGCCCGAUAUAGACGCAACGGAAUAUGCCGCUAUCGCAAAUUUGCCCAAGCUUCGAUCUCUGAAACUUUGGGGAAACCAUCGAGAGGGAACUCUGAUAGCAUUGCUUCAAGCUCUCGAGGGAAUGCGGCUCAAGAGAUUACUUAUUCCACACAUUUUGCUCAGCACACAAGAGGCGCUGGCAAUCUCACAAAUCAGCUCUUUGACCUUCAUAGCGAGUGGUUUCAGUGAUGAAUCAAGCAUUGCGUUUUUGACUCAACUCCCGAAUCUUAAAACACUCACGAUAUUUGCUGAUUCGAACCAGGCCACUUUAGUGAAUCACUUGAAGCACUUGCUAAUGAAGCCUAGAAUAUUUAUUAGAACAAAAAGAUGGAGUUUGAAGAUCAAGUAUAUCGAGGAACAUGGAAGUCUGAAAAUUGGCGUUGAUGAUGAGCAUUCCAGAAACCACCAACAUAUUUGUAAUUACAUAAAUGCCAUCGCCCCGCUACUAAAUGUCGUUCAGUUUCAACUUUCAGUUAAUUUAUUUGAAGUAGUAUUUGACAGCUUCGCAUUACAAAACGUAUACCAGGGUCUAGCCAGCAAGAGACCACAAAUUCUAAAAAAAAUAAGAAUCUCUUCUCCAUUUACCCUAGAGCAUGCUGAAACACUUGCUUCCAUUCAGUCAUUGACGGACAUUGAUUGCUCAUAUUCUCAUUUGGAGUAUAUAAUUGCAAUGAAGAUAAAGCAACUAAAUGCCAUUGAAGAGAUAUCAAAUAGAGUGGAUCGAAUCAACACAGAAAAGUGCAAGAUUUCUAUUCUCCAUAAAAAUAAUGCUGUGACACUAAUACUAGACUUUACAGGUGACAAUAUCGGCUACAGAAUACACAGGAUACGGGAUUGUGUCAGAAUUUUUGAGCCUCUAGCCCAAUUAAAUAACAUAAAAGCUCUUUUGAUUAAGGGUCCCAUCGAAGAUUUAUCUUUUACAAAUUUUAUAAAGUUAUUCGAAGGUCUGGAGGAGUUGGAAAUUAAUGUUCUUGGCCCCGAGGAACUUAACGAGCAUUUGGGAAUCGGUAGCUUAAAAGUCCUUAAGUGCGGAUUCUUCUGUUCCGAAUCAACGGAAUAUUUGGCCAAGUUAAAUCACCUUGAAUCACUUACAAUUCUCGAACAUCCGAAGGGAUCUCUACGAUCGCUUUUCAACGCCCUUGCCUCGAGAGAAGAUCAAGUACUGAGAAGCCUCAGUAUUCAACGAACAAGCCCUACUUUCGAAGAGAUCCUGGCGCUUUCUGGCAUAAAAUCCUUGGAGAGUUUGCAACUAGGAAUACCUGCUGACCAAAUAUUUAAAGAUUGUGAUAAGGAUCAAUUUAUUAAUAUUCGACAUUGUGAGAGUUGUGGUCCAAUUCCAAGAAGGUUCAAUGUUGGACAUGUUCUUGACAUAAGGACUGUGUGUUUAGCCCAAAUUGAAAGGCUUAAGAAUAAAACGGAAAUCCCAUUAAAUAUGGAUAUGAUAGCAAACCUUCCAAAUCUUAAGGAACUGAGCAUUCAUUUUGAUUAUGUAGCCCAGGCUACCGAAUCACUAUUAAAAAGCAUAAUGCAACGAUCUCCCCAUAGACUGCGCCGUCUUACACUUCCAUCUCAGAAGUUAGAUUUGAUAUCCCAAUUCGAGGAAUUGCGAUCCCUCGAGUGCUUUGUCUACAAUGUGCAAGAUGUUAAAUAUAUAGUAUCUCUCGAUUAUCUCACAGAGUUACACAUCCACAAUUCGCAGGACACUUUGAUGUGGGAGCUACUAAAAGAACUGAAGGUUUUACUGAACCUUCAGACUUUGCUAUUAGACAACACCCAACUGGAAUUUUUGGACGUGGUCGAGUUAACGAACAUUAAUUGGCUAACUCGAUUACGACUGGGAGUUGCCGAUAAAAAAUUUAUUACUAUGCUGAUUCAAUUAAGAAAUCUGAAAGACUUGGAAAUUACUUCAACCCAUUUUGCAGAAAAAAAUGAAUGCAACUUUUUCCCAUCGUUUCUUGAAUCAUGUCCAAACCUGAGAUCGAUUGCUCUAUAUAACUACUAUAACUUGUUAAAAAAAAAUUACGUCAAAUUUAUUUGGAACACUAUUAAGCUCCUCAGGGAUCCUGCGAUUUAUCCCCCAUUCAAAUUACGUGGAGUAUGUAGUGAACAACCUUGGAAACAAGCGGCCAAUUACGAUGAUGCUUACCUUCAACUCAAUAUCGAAAUGAAAAAACCAGUGCGAUUUUGAUUAUAUAUUAAUCAACGUAAGAAUUCAAAAUUGUAUUUUUAAUAUGCCAAUAUAUAAUAUCAAUACAAUUUGUUUUUUUUCAUUAUCAAUUACAAAUUGCAGUUAAGCAUAAACCAAUAUUUAAUAUCCAACGCGAUAAUUGUUUUUUUUAACUAUAUUCCACACAUUUGGCUUAAAUUGGAAUAAUUUUAAAAGAAAUCCUCAUUAUAUUUCAAGAGGCAUUUUCCCGAAGACCAAAUUGCCAGACAACAGACAUAAAACUAGCCCUGCAUCUCGCAUUUCACCUGACCAGAACAGUCUGGCGAUGAAUGAUGAAGACGACGUUGAUGAUGACAUUAUCUCAUGCUCAUUGAACGCAAAUGUGGCGUGCACACCAUAAAACAGACAACAAAAACUAGGAGGAGGAAAAGUGUAAGAAUAGUAACGAAAACUAUGCAUAGCGAAGAGCAAAUACCCUAAUCUUGGAAUUUACAGAUUAAAAGCAUAAAUUUAUAAAAUUUCUUAAAAAAUACUGUUUGUUUUUGCUACCAAUUAUUUUGUA